UCCAUCUCUCUCUCUCUCUCUCUCUCUAUAAAUAACCUGCACUUGACUUGCAAGAACACAGCGAGUGGAGGAUGGCAAGACUUCUCAACCUCUUCUUGGCACUUCUUCUUUGCACCAGCAGUGGGGGUCUCGCAGAGCCAUGCAGUUCAUCUGACAUCGCCGUGCGUCAGACGAGGACAGGAGGCACCGUGGAAGGGAAGCCGGAGUACGAGGUGUUGGUGACCAACACCUGCGAGUGCUCGCAGUCGCGGGUGCUCCUGCGUUGCUACGGCCUCAGCAGCGUCGAGCCGGUCAACCGCCGCGCCAUCAGGCCGGUGGACGAGGAGCGGUGCAUCGUCGGCGGUGGCCGACCGUUAACGAGGGGCGCUCCGAUCAGGUUCAAGUACGCCUGGAUGACUCCCCAGGACUUUCCCGUCAUCAGCACUCAGAUCCACUGCCAGUGAAGCUGAAGGGAAGCUUACAGACUUCUUAUACUUGAUGUCCUCCUCUUCUUCUUCUUUCGAAGGAUGAAGCCUUGUUCUUCUCUUUAGUGCUAGUGGAAAGUUCUCCUACAGAAUGCUA